CUGUUGGCAAAUCCUUCUGCUGUUCCCGAGUUGCAAAGAGCUAAGGACCGCAAAGUCAGUCAGAUGUAACAGUGGCGCUUUACUAUACCCACUUGCUCAAAUACCGGGAUGCCCCAUUCAGUAUUAUAUCCAGAGAACCCUCGAUUAAUAACGUCUAAUUUACGCGCAUAUCUAUCUGGUAAACAAAGAUCAGGCGUACUAAUAGUUGUUAUCGCGAGCGAUCUUACGAGCUAGACUGGCUCCAAAACCAUUAAUACCAGGCUCCCAGCCACCUUGAGUGAUAGAAUCACCGAAAAGCAUAAUGCUAUUCUGCACAUUGGCUGACAUGAUGCAGAAAGACUAGAGGGUUGAGGUGGUCGAAGAUUGAGCUUCAAGGGUGAUCAAUCAGUAGAUUAGAUAAGAGUUCCUCCGGUACAGUGACCAUGAAUGGCCGUAUCCCGAUACGUGUCGCGAAUAAACGUGCCUACGUCUGGGACGUCGAUGACCUCAACAGAAUUCGUUCAGAUCACCGUCUGUGUGGUCUCUUAGUCGGGACACUACCUCAUCUGUCCCAGCAGAAUGUUUUCCUUGGACUCCCUUCGCAAUUAACGCCAGAAGAGGCUACUCUUCUUGUGGAAAAAGAAUACGCUGUUUUCGUCGACGACGCCAAUGCUUACCCCGAACCCUCACUGUCACAAUUUCAGCAAUGGAGCGCUGAACAGAGAGAGUAUAUCAAGCACCAACAGGCCGUACUUGGAACAGAAAACACGAAAACUCAAGAGGUGGCGCAGCUCGCUGUAUCAGAGGAAGCCAUACGAAAACGCAAGGAGCGGGAGCUCAAACGACAACAAAAAGCCAUAGAACUGCGUAAACUACAGGAGAUGGAAGGCGAUCCCGUUGCAGGAUCUGAACUACCGGUUCCCAUUCCUGUUGUAAACGCUGGUCCAUCGACAAGUCCAACCACUCCUUCAGCCCAUACACAAUACAACAUAUACAUAACAACACCAUCCUCUGCACUGAGCUGGUACUCCCCAGACUCAUGCACCUACUCGACAAUCGAAGCCGCACAAGAAGCAGGAAUAUGGGACUUUCCUUUGAACCUUCAGGAUCGAGCGAGAUACGGUGUUUUCAAAGAUUUGUGGGAGCAAGGUUACUUUUUAGGUGGUGGAAUAAGAUUUGGAGGCGAUUAUCUUGUGUAUCCAGGCGACCCCCUUCGUUAUCACUCGCAUUUCUGUGCGACGGUAAUCGAGUCACCGACACACUCUAUUCAGCCUAUGGAAAUAGUUGCCCAUGGUAGGUUGGGUACAGCGACUAAAAAGACUCAUCUGUUCUGUGGUUGGGAUGACGAGAGGAAAACAGUGUCUUAUUUGUCGAUUGAGUGGGCAGGGUUUGGUUGAACGAGUAU